CUCCUUCGCUGCGCUAUUCAUCUCUCUUCAUAUUCAUCGUCUCCCUCCUUGCCACCCCUCCUCCAUCCCUAGUAAUGACAUAACAUAACAUAUAGUCUAUUGAGAGGACUACUAACAGUUUUCCUAGUCAUUAAACCUCGAAUCCCUCUUCUUCAUAUUCAUUUCUUCAUAAAUAUAUUCAAACAACACCCCUCCUCUUCAUAUAUUUCUCAGUCAUUUAAGUUUCUGUCAGUAGAAACGCUCAUCACAUCCCGUUUCUAUCAUCCUAGUACGGGCAUUACAGUAUUGCCGAUAACAAUGUCUGGCAUUAAAAUGAAUCCUGGCACGAAGCGAAAGCUUCGUGUAGACGAUUAUUUUCGUCCAGUCAAUAGUCCCAAGCGUCACCAGCCCUCAUCGCGAAGGGCUACCCGUAGCCAAGCAGACAUACCAGCAACCACUAUUGAGACCACCGAUAGUGAUCCUAUCGACCUAGAACCGACCCAAGAUGAAAUCCCAGCGGAUUUCGUUGACAUUCAUUGUGGAAAACCGGAGGCACAUGGCAAACCUCCGGCAUGGUCCCCCAAGCGAGCUGCAUUGAAUGAUGCAGUAUCCUACUACAAGUCCCACCAGGGGAGCGUCUACAGCCGAAGUAAAACGGCGCUGGGGCUCCUGAUCGAUGAAUCGGUGGAGAUUCGAGAUUACUUCUCUAGCGAAGUAAUCAUCACUACUAUAGGCGGGGGGAAGACAUUAGACCCCGUUACAAAGAAGAUGGUUCGCUCGAAGGACCAGGAUUCUAACGGGUUGAAUUACGUCGCACUGCGAAAUGCGUAUCUCGAAAAGUCACCCCUUGUAGUUGUGGCUGGUGCCGGAAACACACUGUUUCCGGUUAAACCACCAUCAUAUUAUAAUGUCCUUGACUACUUCUGGAUUACUGAUAUGUGGUCAGAAGUCGGACAAGGACUCAAGGAUGGCGAGAAGAUCGCCAUAAAGCAGUUUAAGAUGCGCCUGGAAAAGGUCAACCUGGGCUCGAGAUCCUGGUGGGCACCCAAAGGCGCCAGCGCGCAUGACGUAGGCGAAUUCAGCAUCGGUGAAUUUAUCACACCGUCUGCCAGUUGCCGAUUUUGUCGCACGUCCAGCAAGCAGUUGUUCAAGGAGGAUUGGACAUGCUUGAACAAGGAGUGUGAAAAAUUCUUCUACUUCAAGGACGGUAUUGACACCAAGCAAUUGGAGCAUAGCGACGAGUUCUUGAAAGAACGAACUGCUUGCCCGAACCUAAUGCGCGGACACCCCCUGACUCCCUCUUUGCCUUCAAAGAAGAGCAAUGAUUCUGGCAGCGAGGAGCGUUUUAAGCAGGGGAUCGUCUGUCCGAAGUGCCGCUGCUGCAGCCGGCGGAUCAAGUGGGAAGGGUGGUUCUGUGAGAACCCCGACUGCGACUUCACAUACAAGGUGCCAAUUAAGAUGAUUGCCUUCGCAGACGUGCUAAAGGAGAAUCGCAUACACGAGAGCAAAUCCCGGAACUGCAAGCUGCACAAAAGUAUUAAGGCAUUCGACACGACCAUUGGCGAUGUCGAUAUCAAGACCUACUUCUUGCCAGAUGAAACGGACAAGGGUGGCUUUGUCGGCUCAGUCACACGAAUUCGUCCCGGCGAACAAGCGCUGCAACGACCAGGAGGAUUCAAUGACUUGUAUGCACAUGUCCAAAGCAGCGACAUCAAGUUCCAGAGGAACCCUGCGAAGAACUCUGGAUGCAGAAUCGAAGAGUUGACGUCCCAUUUUGCCGUCAACUUUGGUGCGCCUUACAAGUUCGGUGUGGUUGUCAAAACCACAAACGGCUUCAGCGACGCGCCCUUACCUAUCAUCGAAUCCCUCCUUCGACUAACUUGGGCCGGAAAGACAGCAGUUUCCAUUACGAACAGCCUUAUCCAGGAUAAGGAGAUUACUGCAAAUGAGAUAGCAGAAGAGUUUGUCCCAUACAACGAGGAACUAGUCCUCGCGUACUUUGAAAAGUCGAAGAUAAGCGCCCACGAUGACGGCGAAAAGGAGUUGGGACCCAACGUCGCGACUCUAUCACUCGGAUCCCCCUCCACGAUGACGUUCAGCCCCAAGAAAGGGCUGAACAUAGGCGAAACUCACGACAAGACAAAGAAGCUGCGAGCCGCAAUGCUCACACUGAAGUUGAAGCACGGCGACAUGGUGGUCAUGCACGGCCAGCAUAUCCAGAGCCGUUACUUGCACGCCGUCGAGCCAACCGGCAAGCACCGAUUCGCCCUAACCUGCCGCCACAUUCUGCCCGAACGGAUGCCCAACGAGGAGCAGCGUCAGCUGGCCCUGGUGAACGGCAAACUGCCCGACCAAUGGAGCUCCGUCCGUUAUGACGGCGAGUCGGACCAGUUUCAAGCCCCCACUGGCGAUCCCGUCGCUAGUCCGACUGAGACGUUGGCGAAGGGCGAGGAGGAGGCUUAG